UAUUGCUUGCUUCUGUGCUGUGACUUAAAAGAUUUUGUGGAUGUCUUAAUAAAGCAUAGCUAAACUUGGAUGCGGUUGAAGCUAAGAGAAGGUAGCUUAGGCAUGCUGGAGUUCUUCAUAUUUUCUUGCAAGUUUCUUUGGCAUCGCUUUGUGUCUGAAUUUUUAUACCUCACCUCUCUCUUCCUUUCCUUUUAAAAUUCUCUGCGUAACACUUAGAGCUUUGAUAGCUCUUUGAGUUGCUCUUACACACACCUUUCUCAGGUGUCCGUGUGGUGUUCAAUACAUGAAAGUAGGACAAAAUUUUGCCUGGAGUGUUAGCCUACUGUUUUCAUGAGACAGCAAUGGCAAUUUAAUGACUUGCUGUGGUCAAAAGGGCUGGUCCUGUGCUCUUUCUUGUGCUAAUUUACAGAAAGUUGUUAUUCUUUUUUGCUUGGGUUAAUUAUUCUACAGGUUUGGUGAACUGGAUUGGCACACUGAAGAGUCACCAGGGACAUAGGAGUGUGUGUAGCUGAGAGAGAAGGGGAGGGAAGGAUUGCCACUUGAUUGGCAUCAGUGUCUUGAAUUGGCUGUUUCCUAUUUGGGGACCCUUAUUCUUUGAGAACUAUCCAGAUGAUACAGCCAGCCACUUACGUUUUUUUCCCCCUAGUGGUUGCUGAAUGUCUCUUCCCCUGUCCCCGUCCCUGCCAAAAAAAGAAAGAAAACAAGAAACCAAAACCAAAGAACGAACAAACAAAAAGCUUUCCUACCCCGUGCUCUCUGUGUCAUGAAAAACUUGGGCCUUGAAAAUAAAAAGGUUCUGUUUUCUAGAGGAAGUCUCCGGUCUUGCAGUUCAUCAGACUGCUUUAGUAAAGUGAUGCCUCCAAGGAAAAAGAGGAGACCUGCAGCAGGAGAUGAUUUAUCUGCUAAGAAAAGUAGACAUGAUGGUAUGUAUAGAAAAUAUGAUUCGACUAGAAUAAAAGCAGAGGAAGAAGUCUUUUCGAGUAAGCGAUGCUUAGAAUGGUUCUAUGAAUACGCAGGCACUGAUGACAUUGUAGGGCCAGAAGGUAUGGAAAAAUUUUGUGAAGACAUUGGAGUUGAACCAGAAAAUGUAGUUAUGCUUGUAUUAGCGUGGAAGUUGGAUGCACAAAACAUGGGCUACUUUACAUUACAAGAAUGGUUAAAAGGAAUGACAUCACUGCAGUGUGAUACUACAGAAAAAUUGAGAAAUUCUCUGGAUUACUUGAGAUCUUUAUUAAAUGAGCCUACCAAUUUUAAACUUAUUUAUAGAUAUGCAUUUGACUUUGCACGGGAAAAGGACCAGCGCAGCCUAGAUAUCAAUACUGCCAAGUGUAUGUUGGGCCUUCUUUUAGGAAAGACAUGGUCCCUUUUUCCAGUAUUUCACCAGUUUCUAGAGCAAUCAAAAUACAAAGUUAUCAAUAAGGACCAAUGGUGUAACGUUCUUGAAUUCAGCAGAACAAUUAACCUUGACCUCAGUAACUAUGAUGAGGAUGGAGCCUGGCCAGUGUUGUUGGAUGAGUUUGUGGAAUGGUAUAAAGGAAAACAGAUGACAUAGAAGUUUAACUAUGCACAGCCACUCAAGAGUCACUGUUACCACAGUUAUGUCAACCAUUAGCCAUAAACUGCUAUUUGUAUCAAAGUGCAUGCUGCUUUUCUUGCACUGCAUCCCUUUUGCAGGGAACUUUUGAUGUUUGCUAUUUAACAAGCUAGCUUAUGCUUGCUGUGUAGCAUUGUUCUCUUUGAAGGCUGCUUUGCAUUUUGUAUUUACACUACAAAUUGGUGAACUUGCCAGCGUCUUCACUGUGAUUAUGUGUAUAUUGCUGUCUAAAUUUUGUAUAUGUGUAUAAAAAAAAAAGCUUCACCUAGGGAUAAUUUCUGCAGAAAUGUAUUGUAAAAAUAAUUUUGUGGCAUAUUUCUAGUCAUCACUUACAUGUUUGCUGAAACUUAGGUUAUUUUGUUUUUCUUUUGGUCUCAAAUGUAGCAUUUCAGAAAAUGAAAUGAACAGACUGCUUGGACAUAGUUAUGUAAAGAACUAUUGUCAAUUUUAAUGUUACUAUUUGAGAUGCCAGUUUCUGAGGGGAGAAGACACGCUGUGACUUUCUUCACUGGAAUUCGCCAAACCUGACCUAUUGCUUAAUAGGAAUGAAACAUCGGUGUCUUAAAAAAAAAAAUAUAUAUAUACACACACAUAUAAAUAUUAAAACACUGUAAUAGUUGUACAUGCCACAGAUGAUUUCCAUUUGAAGAAAAAAGUAUUGACUUUUUAAUGUUCAAACUGCAGUAGUCAUUACAGGUACAAAUGAACAAAUUAAAGUACCUUUUAAAAAUGGG